AAAUUGCUGAUAUUUUUGAAAAAGAUGAAGGAGAAGAAGGAGAACAUGAAGAAUAUGAAGAAUAUAGAGAAGAACAAAUAAAACAUGAAGAUAACAUACCUCAAGCAUCAAGAAAAAAAUUAAAUUUAAAUAAUUCACUAGUAAUUAUUGGAAUGUUAGAAAAAAUAAUAGUUAAUUUAUAUAAUGUAAUAGAAUUAUAUUAG